UCACGCACACAACAACAAAGCGACCAAAGAAAAACUAUCAGACAGAAUCUCCGAGAUACAAAUCUCAGUGGAACGGUUUCAUCCAGAUUUACUGGAAGAUUGAACCACAGCAGGAACAGCCGCAAACAAGCAAGGAGAAAACAAGUAAGAGCGAGCCUGUCAAGGUUGAUAAACAAGCCCAAGCUGACGACUAG